CGUUCCUUUUCCCUUCGAGCAUUACUACUCAGCUUGAAUCGGACGAGUUGAAUUAGCAACUUUGAAGCUCUCACUUGUCUUGAUUCAUUGCGUAUCUGGACUUCUCGUGCACAGAGAAGGCACCAAACUUGAAUUUGAACAACACGCGUGACUUGAACAUCAUGGUCACUAUUACUCGCGCUGAGACGCGCGAUGUCAGGUUUCCGACUUCUCUCGACAAAACGGGCUCGGAUGCUAUGAACGCGGCGGGAGACUACUCGUCUGCGUAUUGCAUCCUGUACACGGACUCUGAGUACACUGGACAUGGAAUGACCUUCACAAUCGGCCGCGGCAACGACGUCGUCUGCACCGCCAUAACCUACCUCACCGACCGCCUCGCCGGCCGCACCAUCGCCUCCCUCGUCGCCAACUGGGGCGCUACAUGGCGCUACCUGGUCUCAGACUCCCAACUCCGCUGGAUCGGCCCCGAAAAGGGCGUCAUCCACCUCGCCCUCGGCGCCGUCGUCAACGCCCUCUGGGACCUGUGGGCGAAAACCCUCAACAAGCCCGUCUGGCGCAUCGUCGCCGACAUGACACCCCAGGAGGUCGUCGCCUGCAUCGACUUCCGCUACAUCACCGACGCGCUAACCCCCGAAGAAGCCCUCGCGAUCCUCGAGAAAGCGGAGGUAGGGAAAGCGGAGCGGAUCAAAGAGGCGGAGGCGAGCAAAGCGGUGCCGGCGUACACGACAUCGGCGGGCUGGCUGGGCUACGGCGAGGACAAGAUGCGCUCCCUCCUCCAAGAAACCCUCGCGAAGGGCUUCCGCCACUUCAAGAUCAAAGUCGGCAGCGACGUCGCCACCGACCGCACGCGCCUCGCCAUCGCGCGCGAGAUCAUCAGAUAUGACCAGGGGAAUGUGCUGAUGGUGGACGCGAACCAGGUGUGGUCGGUCCCCGAAGCCAUCACCUACAUGCGCCAGCUCGCGGAAUACAAGCCAUGGUUCAUCGAGGAGCCGACAUCGCCGGACGACGUGCUGGGCCACGCGGCGAUCCGCGCGGCGCUGCGGCCGCUGGGCAUCGGCGUCGCGACGGGCGAGAUGUGCCAGAACCGCGUCAUGUUCAAGCAGUUCCUGCAGGCCGAGGCGAUCGAUAUCUGCCAGAUAGAUGCGUGUCGGCUGGGCGGCGUGAACGAGGUGCUCGCGGUGCUGCUGCUCGCGGCGAAGUUUGGGAUUCCGAUUGUGCCGCACUCCGGGGGUGUGGGCUUGCCGGAGUAUACGCAGCAUCUGAGCACGAUUGAUUAUGUGGUGGUGAGCGGGAAGAAGAGUUUGUUGGAGUAUGUGGAUCAUUUGCAUGAGCACUUUUUGCAUCCGGCGGAGAUUGUGGAGGGGUAUUAUAAGACGCCGAUGGAGCCCGGGUAUAGUGUUGAGAUGAAGAGUAAGAGUAUGGCGGCGUAUGAGUUCCCGGGGAAGGAGGGGGUGAGUUGGUGGAGGGGGGAGGAGGCGAAGGUCAUAUUGGACGGGGAGAAGAUAUAG